AUGUUCUCUCUAUAUAUCUCUUUGUGUCUUUCUCCCUCCCUCUCCUAUCUCUGUCUAUGGCUCUCUUUUUUUUUCUCUCUCUCUCUCUCUCCACCCCUCUUUUUCUAUCUAUCUAUCUAUCUAUCUAUCUAUCUAUCUAUCUAUCUAUCUAUCUAUUACUGCUUAUCUCUCUCUCAGAUAAUAUGCUAUCUAUCUAUCUAUCUAUCUAUUACUGCCUAUCUCCCUUUCUCUCUCUCACUCUCUCAGAUAGUGAAAGAAAGAGAGAUUGAGAGAGAAAAAGAGAGGCAUCUAUCUAUCUAUCUAUCUAUCUAUCUAUCUAUCUAUCUAUCUAUCUCUUUCCUAUCUAUCUUUCUAUGCAUAUAUCUCUUUCUCUCUAUCACGCUCUUUCUCUCUCACUCUCUUUCGCUAUCUAUCUAUAUAUCUAAUAUUUCUUUCCUUCUCAAUGUCUUUCUCUCUACAUACCUAUCUCUUUUUCACUAUCUCUCUCUCUCUUUCACUCCCUCUCUAUCUCUCUCUAUCUGUCUUUUUCUAUCUCUUUCUUUCUUUAUCUCUAUCUUUCUAUAUAUCUAUCUCUCUGUCUCUCUUCUCAGUUAUUUCUUCACGCUGUUUUUCUUUUUCUUUUUCCUGGAAUCGAACCUCUUUACUUCUUCCUUCGUCACAUUAUCCUAUUCUUUGCCUUGUUCUCGUAAUUAUAAUAUUUUUUUUUUAAUUUUUACCCACCCUUGUAAAGUUUUUAUCCAUCCUUCCAUACCCUAUUUCUCUACCUAA